AUGUGUGCUGGUCGGCCAUUGGAAGGUGCAGGCUGCGUUACCUGGUGGGGUUUCGGACCUGCCAGAGACCUUCUCAGCACAGGUGCUGUUAGACAGCAGGGCCAGCUGAAUGUGUUACUGGUGGGAAGUGGAGACCCCAGACACAUUCUGAAGACCAUCACUGGUCUCAGAGACACAGACACUCUGCAUGUCUGGGUGAUGGAGAACAGUAUGGAGGUGGUUGCACGCCAGCUCUUGCUUCUGUACCUGAGUCUGACUCCUCCACAGGCCCUGGGGCUUCACGAGAAGACAGAGGUGUUUCUGGAAGUGUUUGGGAACAGUGAGAUCCGCAGUCAAACCGAGGAAACACUCAGACAUGCUGCCUCUCAGCUCUCAGCCUCUGUCACACUGGACACACACACACACCCCUGUCUGGACACCAGCCUCCUUAAAUUUAAGGAGAGAGAUGAGCUGCUACGCAUCUUUGGACAGUGGCUCCGCCCUCCCCCCGCCCCCGUCUCUGUGUCUAAAGCCUGGGAGGGGCGGGUCCGACAGCACCUGGGCACACGCUACGACUCCAGACACGGCUGCUUCGACUGGGACCUUGCCAUGAAACUCUACCACAGAGGAUGUGGCGUCAUUAACAAACAGCAGUAUAUGAGAUGGCGAGAGACAGGCAAGGCUUUUGAGUUGAGGGAGGGACUAUACCAGACAGCCAAUCAGAGUUUGCUGUCCACUCGCGUGUUCUGUCAGAGAGGAGACAAGCUGGCAGUGAGAGGCUACUGGGGUGACAUUGUCUCCAGUCCCUACCUGGCUUUUGGCAUUGAGACAGACAACAAAGACCUCCUGAAGAAACAUAACAACCAACACGUUAAGACAGCGCAGGACAUCUCCGUGGCAAAUGUGCAAGCCCUGUUUGAAUCUCUCUCCACUAGAGGGCGUCAUCCUCCGCCCUUGCAGUCGGCCAGUGAGGGCACAGAUUCGGUGAAUGCCUCAACUGUGUGUGUGGUAGACCUGAUGACUCUGAAUGGAGUGAAGAUUUCUUUCCUGUCUGUGGACUCCCUGCCCAAACUGCCACACAAGAGCACAUACUCACAGCUGUUCAACACCAUCUACUUCUCAGCCAGCAUGGUUCAUCUGUUAGAUUCCUCUCUGAAACAGACUGCAGCACCACACGCUGUCUUAGUCGUGGAGCUGGCCAAGUACUUGUUGGAUCUGUCUAAAGAGCAUGAGGCUGGCUUUGCCGAGAAAGUGAGAGACAUCGCUGGAGCAGCAGGAUUCAGUCCCACACACACACACACAUCUGAUACCUAUGCCACGUUCACACUGAGUGAACAUUCACGCCCAUGA